ACUGUAUUUCUGACAGAUUGGAGAAUGUAGAUUAGUCUAAUUUCCGUACUUCCCGAUGUACACUGCGCAGGCGCCAGAUAUCAAAGGUUGCUAAAGUUUUCAAAAGCAGAAGAGUACGGCUUUGGUUUACAAAUGGCGCAAAAACAGAAAACUUCACUGUCCUGCAAACAAUCCAUGUGCUGACUUCAACUUAUCCAGGCUAAUACGGUUUAUUUUUUAGCUCUAAAUAAAGUUAGUGAAAUCCAAGCAAUGGACAUCAAAGAAGCUUCUAGUUUGGAAGAGUUGUGCACUUUCGAAGGUUUUAAAAAAGUUUGGAAACAUUACGGCUAUGACAGUGACUUACAGAAAAUGAAAGGCGAGGAAUUCUGCAGAAUUAAAGGAAUUACCUAUCUUGAUCACGCAGGCACUACACUCUUUUCACAGUCGCAGAUUGAGGGAUUCUCUCGAGAUCUUGCUGAAAAUGUUUACGGCAAUCCUCACAGCCACAACCUCAGCAGCCGACUGACGCACGACACAGUGGAGCACGUCCGUUUCAGGAUAUUACAGCACUUUAAUGUUAGCCCUGAAGAAUACACAGUCAUUUUCACCUCCGGAUGCACUGCAGCUAUCAAAAUUGUAGCCGAAAGCUUUCCUUGGAGGCCUGCAACCCUGGAAGAGCCUGGGAGCUGUUUUUGUUACCUGACAGACAGCCACACCUCUAUUGUGGGCAUCAGAGGGGUUACAUCUCAGUUUGGAGUAACAACCAUUGCCGUUAAACCAAAUGAGUUGUCUGUCUCAACACAAAGCACCGAAAGCAAUAGUGGACUAUCAUUUGAAGAGACACCUCAUCUGUUCUCAUAUCCUGCACAGAGCAACUUCUCAGGGACGAAAUACCCACUGAGGUGGAUACACCAAAUCCAAACCCAGAAGCUGUACCCCUCACGUGGAAUUCCAGGCAGGUGGUUCGUGCUUCUGGACGCUGCCUGCUUUGUGGGAUGCUCCCCGCUAGAUCUGCAAGCCUACCCUGCAGACUUUGUGCCCAUUUCCUUUUACAAAAUCUUUGGCUUCCCUACAGGUUUAGGGGCAUUGCUGGUACGCAACGAUAGUUCUAGUAUGAUGAGGAAGAACUACUUUGGAGGAGGAACAGCAGCUGCCUACCUGGUUGGAGAACACUUCUUUGUCCCAAAAAUGUCCAUAUCGAGCAGGUUUGAAGAUGGUACCAUUCCCUUCCUAGAUAUUAUAGCCCUUAACCACGGAUUCAAUGCUUUGGAACGCCUCACAAAGGGGAUGAAGAACAUCAGACUGCACACGUUUGGACUGGCACGCUACACCUACCUGAUCCUGUCCACUCUGCAGCAUGCGAACGGGAAGCCAGUGGCCCGCAUCUACAGUGAUACUGAGUUCUGUGACCCUAGCACUCAAGGGGCAAUCAUUAAUUUCAAUGUGCUUGACAGCAAUGGAGACAUCAUUGGGUAUUCUCAGGUAGAUAAACUGGCCAGUCUCUACAACAUCCAGGUGCGCACAGGUUGUUUCUGUAACACUGGUGCCUGUCAGCACCACCUGGGCCUCAGCGAUGAGGAGAUGAAGAGAAACUUGCAGGCAGGGCAUGUCUGUGGGGACAAUAUAGAUCUUAUUGAAGGGCGGCCCACCGGAUCAGUCAGGGUGUCCUUUGGCUACAUGUCUACCUUUGAGGACACACAGACAUUCUUGAAGUUCAUCAUUGAUUCCUUUGUGAGAGCUCCGGCCCGGCUUGAUGAAUGCAGACUGGCCAGACUAAGAGAAAACACUGCUGCAGAGACAACAGAACCUCCCAUUCCUCAGAGCAGUGAACCGAACCUGGAGGACCAGGAUCCAAUCCAUGGUGCUGACUUGAAGAAACCUGACUUUGACUCAAUGAAGACUGGUCACUUAGAUGCUGCGAUUCAAAGCUUGAAGAGCACUGAUGUAGCUGGCACUCUAACCAACAUCUUCCUUUAUCCAAUUAAGUCAUGUGCUGCGUUCGAGGUGAAGGACUGGCCCAUCGGGGCAAAGGGGCUUCUGUACGAUCGGACCUGGAUGGUCGUCAACCUUAACAGUGUUUGCCUGAGUCAGAAGCAGGAGCCCAGACUGUGCCUGAUCCAGCCACAAAUUGAUCUAGAGCGGAAUACCCUGGCCAUCAGGGCAAAAGGCAUGAGCACUGUAACCAUCCCUGUGGAGAGUAGAGGUGAGGAGCAGCAGACACAGCCACUCUGCCAGAGCAAAGUGUGUGGGGACAGAGUAAAAACAUUUGACUGUGGGGAUGAGGUGGCUGAUUGGAUUUCGAAGUUUCUCGGAAGACACUGUCGUCUCAUCAGACAGGGUUCAGAUUUCACCAGAGAAGUUAAGAAAGGACACUUGCAAGGCCAAGCCUGGGUCUCAGCUUCUUUGUCUCUGGUGAAUGAAGCGCAGUACCUGAUGGUUAACAGAACCAGCAUUCUACACCUGCAAGAAGAAAUACAGAAGAGGAACAAUGCUAGUACCCUGCAGUUUAACACAGAGCAGCUGAUAGGUCGUUUCCGUGCCAACUUUGUUGUUUGUGGGACACAGCCGUUUGAGGAAGAUGGAUGGACAGAACUGAAAAUUGGACACACUUCUUUUCAGGUUGUGGGACAGUGCGGCAGGUGUCAGAUGAUUGGCAUUGACCAGGACACUGGAACGAGAAGCAAGGAGCCACUCCAGACUCUGUCUGCCUGCCGACGAGGCAAGGUUACCUUCGGUGUUUAUCUGCUGCACCAGCCCUCAGAGACUUCAUCAUAUCCCAUCACCAUUUCAGCGGGGUCCUGGAUAUCUGCUGUAGUAAAAAGAGAAGGUUGCGACCCAGCUAAAGAGAAUCACUCAGGAAAGCCCAACAUGCUAUCUGGCUGUGUAGUGGCAUAGGGACUGUGUGUGUCAUGAGGGGUGUAAGCCUUGGGACAAUAUAUUUCAUGAGACAAGAUUAUGAUUCUUUGUAUAACAUGAAACAAGGUGCAGUGGAAACAAAUACUGGGCAAUUUUAGUUUUAAAGAAAAAAAAAAUAAGAUUGUGAUAGACAACUUGAGGUCUGGAAAAACUCCAUGCUAAACAAGAGGACCACUUGGCAAGCUAGAGCCCCUGCUCUGGCUCUCAGCUUCAGACAGAUUUUGUUUACUCCUCACACCAUACAACAGAUAACAGGAUGAUGCAAAUUCUUAUCUUAAGGCAUGUUUAUACUGAAGCAAUUUGCCGUGUAUGUGGCGGCACCGAUGCAGUAUCCCUUGCAGUGUAAAUGGGAAAAGCCGGUAAAAUCAACCACACUUUAUAUCCUGUUCUGCUACAUGUUGAUUGAAGAAAUAAAUCCAACAAAAUGGCAAGUGACCCAGGCAUUAAUUGGUCCGAAACAACUUUCAGUAGUGUUUCAUGGAGCUUUCAGUAGCGUAGCCCUAAAUCUUAAAGUUCCAGAACGCCAACUAAAAUAUAUAGUUUUCCAAAACAAAUCAGAGGAUUUCACAUUUUAUGGUGAAUGUAAAAAACAAAAUGCUUUUCUGUGGGAAUAUGGCUUUAGUCAUAGACUAAAUGUCUACGACAUUCUGUACUGAAUCUGUCCAAAAUUGAGACAUACUGCCCUCUGGUGGGCAAUGGAGAUGGUUCAGUUUAGUAAAAUUAACAUGAGCUUCGCUCAAGAUUUAUGUUAAAUGUUAUAAAAUCAAUAUUCUUGUGUACUCUUAAAUGUACAAACAAUGAAAAUUAAGUCAUUUAUAAUUCAGAAAAUGAUUUUAAUUCAAUUAAUUCAUUAAAAUGAUAACUAUUGGACGUUUAUGAUUUAUUUUGGUACUGCAUUGGGUGAAAUCAGGAGAAUAGAACUGUAAUUAUUAAGUAAAAAUGCAUAAUUUGGAAAAAGUUAUUUCACAAAAGAGUAUUUUAACUGAGUGCAUGUUAAUACUUUUUAUACUUCUUUGUUUGAAUAUGGGAGGUGCUUUGUAACGAGGGUAUGACGUAAUCCUGCUUGCAUUCGAAAGGGCCAGUCAUUGAACUAAUGAUGGGAAAUAUGCUGUGAUCGGAUAAUUUGACUAUGUCCCGCCCAUUUCCACAGUUUAUUUAAACUCCUGCAGAGCAUAGAAAAGUAGUCUCUGUAAGGAAAAACGACAUGCGUGCAUUGAGGUGUGUAACUUGGCAACCAGCCUGAAAAUCGCUGCCAAGACUCAAAAAUAGUCUUGUAACAAUCUAACUGCAUGGCUUAAGGCUAACAGAAACACUGACUGCUGCUGGAGACAGCAAGAAAAGGACUUCUCGGAGAAAAGACCGUAAUUCAAACAAUGUAGGCUAUAAAAGCUUAUCUGACUUAACUGCUUAAAAACAUUUGUUUUAACAAAAGACUUUUAAUAAUGAAGUGAGAUCCGAGUUAAGCGCAAAUAGUAUUUGUGUACUAUCUCACCUAUCGAAAAGUAGUAAUAUUAAAUAUGAUUGAAACAAAACUGAAUUGAACUUUUCAGAGAUGUUAAAUGAAUAAUACGCCAUUUGGUGUGUGGUUUUGUUGCAUUGUGGGAUGUUGACAUGUGUAGAAGACGCCAUCUUGAUUUUCUUAAAAUCCCUUGCCUACCUAGCAUGGAGAAGACACCAUCUCGGAUCUCAAGUUUUAAAACUGAAACACUUAUAACCAAGCAGAGAAAGUCACCCAAUCCCUACAAUUCCCUUUCAUCCCAUAAAAGGACUGGUAACUAAACAAUUUAUGAAUGUCCAUCGUGCAUACCUAGAUUAUAGGAUUAAUUCUGUUUAAACUGUGUUUGAUGUAAUGUCGUUAACCAAUAACUUAUGUUGAAUUAUUUCAUGAUAAAAUAUAUGAAUGCAUUAAUUAAUGUGUGAAUAUAUUUAGAAUUCUAAUUACAACUGGAUAUAUGGUUAAAGCGUACCUGUACCCAAAAACUAACAAAGCUCUUUGUGCUCCCCAUAUCCAAUAAAUGCUGCUUGCAGCACG